AUGGGCUCCAGGAGAUGGUGGUGUGGAUAGAAGAGAUCGUAAGAAUUUCAAUAAUUUUUCUGCACCUCAAGAGAAGAUAAUUUCCUCUGGAACGAAACAUACAGCGAGAAACAUCAAAAUACAAAAUGAUAUUAAAAUAGUAAUAGCUAAAGAAUUAGAUAACCCAGUUUUGUCCUCUCUAAGUGCAGGCCUUCAGGAAACAGAAAAAUUAGAUAUAACAUGCAUUAGAGAAAAAAUUGCAUACAGAGGUAAAAUACUUAAUACUCCAUAUAUUUUGGAUCUAGAUUAA